UGCUAUACAUAUUACAACUGGAAUAUUUCACACCAGGACUUCAUUUUUUUUAAACAACUGAUUUGGUCUUUAUCUGUCUGCAAUUAUGACAAUAAGAACAGCCCGUCCUGACAGGGGGCGACAUUUCCGGCCUCGAAUGCACUGCAUCAAAAAGCUGGAAGCCAUGGUGGUGGAGAUGCAGGACCUGAAGAGUGGAGUAAAAGGCUCAGAGCAGAAACUCAAUGUCACAAAGAUCCCACAUGUUAUUACUGGUCAGGACAUAAUUGCAUGGAUCGCCAGCAAGAUGAAAACUGAAACAGAAGAGGCUCAUGUCUUUGGCACCAUGUUGGUGGCCUAUGGUUACAUCUACCCCCUGCAGAACCACAAGAAGCUGGUCAUGUGCAAUGACACCAGCCUUUACCGCUUCCAGACCCCUUACUUUUGGCCGACACAGAACUGGGUUGCAGAAGACUCGGACUACGCCAUUUACCUGGCCAAGAGGAACAUCCGCAAGAAAGGCAUGUUAGAGCCCUAUGAACAGGUGCAUUAUAACCACCUCCAUGAAUGGCUGAACCACAAGUGGGACUUCAUUGUGAUGCAGGCUACUGAACAGUACAAGGCUGGUAAGGAGAGGAUGAAGCCGGACUGUGUGGUGUUUGACUGCCAGGAGAGGGCUUACUGGAUAGUGAACAGACCUCCGCGUCGCACUCACAGUGCUAUGGACUGUGGUCCAGAGCGUCUUAUUGAUCCCAGCGCAGAUGAGAAAAUCAGCUUUGAUGAGUACAGACGCAAAAACAUUUUCUAUCAACAAGCCAUCAUGAGGUCAAAGGUCAAAUCUAGUGUGUCCCUCGGAGCGUUGGUCAAGUACAUUACAAACUACAAAAACCAUGAUGCCUUUCUGGCUCCAUGUUUACCCAGCAACCCCUGGCAAACAGACAACGAUGCAUACUGGACUCUCAACAUGAGAAGAGUUGAUGUCCCCACUAAGAUGCGAGUAGAGCGCUGGUCCUUCAGCCUGUUUGAGCUGCUGACCGACCUGCGAGGCCGAGACGACUUCAAGAUCUUCCUCAAGAAGGAGUUCAGCGGGGAGAACUUGGCUUUUUGGGAGGCAGCUGAGGAACUGAAAUGGGGCACUGCAUCUUCCAUGUCAACAAAAGCUGAGACCAUUUUCAAGACCUUCCUGGCCCCAGGGGCCCCGCGCUGGAUUAACAUUGAUGGCAGAACAAUGGGUCUGACAGUGAAAGGCCUGGAUCAUCCUCACCGCUACGUGCUGGAAGCAGCUCAGACACAUGUCUUCUUGCUGAUGAAGAAGGAUACUUUCUUCCGUUACCUCAAGUCACCUGUGUACAAAGACAUACAGAAGAAGGCGCUGAACCCUGAGCCUCAUAACUUCAGUCCAGCCCAGCUGGAGCAAAACGCUCUGACCCGCAGCCCGGGCAUUCAUCCCAUCAUCCUCUGGCAGCAGGAGGAGGAGGAAAAGGCGAAGGCUGCUGCCGCCUCUGCUCCUGUGGAUGUCAAGGCCAUGAUGAGCAAAAUAGACAGGAAGAAGUAGAGAUAUACCAUCAACACAGGUACCAGCUGCUCAUCAGUGUCACUUUGUUUUGGAAUUAUCCAAUGUAAGAAAACACAAACUGAAAACCCUUCCCAUUAUUUAGAA